AAGCCCAGAAGCAAGCAAAGAUACAUCCCAAUCCAACCCAACCCAAUCCAAUCUGAUCCAAUCCAAGAUCGUCGUGCUCCUUCUGAAAAGUGUCGAUCGAAGCGGAUCAUACACCUAGCUAAGCGAUGGCCCCGAGCGCGUCGAUGCUGUUUCUGAGCUACCACCAGCUCCACCACGGCCCCGCCGACGCGCCGCACGUCGACAAGGAUGGCGCCGGCGGCUUCCGGUUCGGCCUUGGCAAUGUCUUCUUCUCCCUCGGCGUCCUGGCGCCGAAGCGGCGGGAUGCGGCGGUGCACGACGGGAAGCAGAGGGCGCGUCAGGCCGGCGGCGAGGAGGAGGAGGAGCCCGCGACGCUGGCGAGCAAGUUCGAUGAGGCCGUGCGGCUCAGCUGCUGGUCCUCCUGAAGCUUAUCUUAAUGAAUUUCCGCGUGCUCCUGUAGCUUCUGCCUCUUCGGCCGUGCAAGCAUGUGCCGUACCGAUCGUUGACAAUGGCAGGAUAUGCGUAGAUAAAAUGUGGAUGUGCAUAUGAAUUUCCUUUCUUUCUUUCUGUGUGAAAUCCUGGGUACUACUGUUUUCUGAA